GGAUUUGAUUAGGUAACCAUAUUAAUUGUUGCACAAGAAUCUUGUAAAUUCCUGUUUUAAGUUUUCUGAUUUAAAAUUUACGUCUAUAUUUCACAAGAAUAAGAGACAGACUCUAAAUCAUUUUUCUUUCCUUACGGCUUAGAAUUGUAUAAAUUAGUCAAAUGAGUAGCAAGAAAUUGGGAAAAAUUAGUGGCCGAGGUAGCGGCGGUUCCGCUCGUCAGCAAAAUGAACCAAAGAAAACUUUACCUAGGUUUAUUCCAGCUGGAUAUGAAAUGGAUGAAGAGCUUGAAAAAUACUCACCAGAAGCUCCCUUUCAUCAUGGAUUCUCAAACUUGAGUGAAGUUCCUUAUGUUUUGGAAAAAGCUGAAUUAUGCUCUGACGAUGACUCAGUUGAGUCUUUGGCUGGAUUUAGUUUUGGAAAUUACCUGCAAAGCGAUAAUAGUAAAGAGCGAAACAGCAAUGAAGAAGUUUUAGAUGCACAGGAAUUUCUUUCACCAUUAAAUCGAUUAAUACACGAUUACAAGAGAAUCACUGGUAAAAGAAAAUAUCCAGAAAAUUUAGAACAACUUCAGGAAGAAAUAGGUCGAACCGAUAAUGUAACAAAUAAUGAAUGGGUGAGGAAAAUUUUAGAAAUAUGGGGAACUGAUCGAAAAAAUUUCUCAGAGCAAAAAUUAACAAACUUGUUAAAUAAAUGUUUCCAAGAAGUGGUCAAUCCUUAUUCAACAGCCAUUUAUCUAUUUUAUAAUGCUUUACAACCUGGCCAAAACCGAAAUAAGUAUAAAAAAUAUCUAAAUCGCUCCAUUCAGGAAAAAGCAUUUUUGUUUACUUUGAAAUGUAGAGUUGUGCUUCAUAAGAUAGUAAAAAGCUUCGAUUUAGCCAAUUCAAACAACCUAUUUUUGAUACCUCAUAUUAAUGUACUGCUCAAAAGUGAAAGAUUUGUCGAUGCGGCCUUCUCCAUUUCCAGUUUAAAACUUCAUAGCCACUUUGAUAUUAUGGAAGUAUGCCUGCCUUUACUCUGCCAGGAUAAAAUAAAUGUUGUUGAAAAAUAUUGUGCUAGAAAUGCUCUACAACAAGAGCAGUUUUUGAAACUAUUGGACAGGCUUUGUGAUCCUAGAAUUAAUGCUUUUUGCAUUCCAACGACAUUGAGUUUCAGUGAAGUUACCAAAUCAGAUCGGUUACAGUGCAAAAGUUUGAUUAAAUUAGCAAUUAGAUUAGCUAAGCUGUUUGAAAUAGAUAUUAAUCGAUGCGAAAAUAUAUUGAAUUCUUCAAAAUUAAAAGCUCUUGGCUACCUCAUGUACCGGUAUUUUGUUGAAAAAAGUUUGCAAACUGUUUCUAAUUUUCGAGAUCUCUGUGAGUCAACCCUUGAAGGAGGAUCACUAUACUUGAAGGAGAAUUUUAUCAAUAAACUCUCGUACUAUGACUAUUUUGAAGCAGCUUAUUGGACAAAGAGAUUGGGUGUUACAGAAGAUGCUGUACCCCAAUCCGUGUGGCGCUAUGUAGAUCAAAUAGAUUCGGAUAAUGAAAAUAAUUUUUCAGAUGAUUCUAUCAAUAAUGAAGAUUAUUUAAAUUUACAAAUAUCCACUGAUAGGAUUAUAUUAAUUUCUAAAAAACAUGAAUUUCUUGAUGCUCUUAGAGCUUUAUCUAAACCAGGGAACAUUAUAGGAAUCGAUGCAGAAUGGAGACCCACGCUAACAUUUAGUGGAUCGUCUCCAAGAAUGGCUCUACUGCAACUUGCACUGAUUGACCGAGUUUUUCUUUUUGAUAUGUUGGCUCUAGUCGACUCCUUAGACGAUAUUUGUUGGAGAUUAUUCUCGGAAAAAAUCUUUCUUAAUGAACAAACAAUAAAACUAGGAUUUUCAAUAUCUGGGGAUUUUACAAUGCUUGUUCAAACGAUUCCAGCAUUGAAAUAUGACUUAGAACUUUCAAAGAAUGUUGUCGAUAUCUUAACGUUGAGAGAUAAUUUAACAAAAGUUGCUCCUAAUUUCUUCAUUCAAUCUGAACAACAAAAAUAUAAUUCGAAUUUGAAAGGAUUAAGUGAAUUAACAAACUUUAUACUUGGAAAACCUUUAAAUAAAAAUGAACAGGCUUCAAAUUGGGAAAAAAGACCGCUAACUAAAAGACAAUUAUACUAUGCUGCUUUGGAUGCUCACUGUUUAAUUGAUGUCUAUAUCCAAUUGAAAAGUGCUUGUCUUGAAAGAGGACUGAAUUUCGACGCACUACAUUGCAUCUCCAUUUUUCAUUUUGACGGACAAAAGAAAACCAAAAGUCAGAGAACGCGCGAUCGUUUUAAAGAAAAAUUGAAAUCAGAACAAACUGUAACAGACAAGCAGGUACCAGAAGUAGGCGAAAAGAAAACAGAAUGGAUUAGUCCUCAAGAGUUAAGAGUGGUUGUUGAUUCUAUGCUCGCAGGUUUGGGUCGGGAACUUCGAAAAAUUGGAAUUGAUGCAAUGAUAAUUGAGAAUAACCACAAAGCUCACUAUGAGUGUGCCGAAAUAGCUCUUAAAGAUAAUCGAAUAGUCCUUACAUCGGGUAGUCCUUUCUUAUCACUACGUUCGCAACUUGGCGAAAAAUUAGUAUUCAAUAUAGCGACGUGCAAGCUGACGGAUCAAGUUAAUCUAGUUGUUAAUCAUUUUAAAGUUAAAGUAUCUAUUGGUGAUAUUUUCAGUCGUUGUGUAAUAUGUAAUGGAGACAAAUACAUGUUUGUCAGACCUGAGCAAUUAAUAAAGGCAAAAGAAAUGAAUGACAAGAAGAAAUCGUGUGAAAGGGAAAAGUCUCCAAGACUUCGAAAAUAUGGCUCAAUUUACAGAACUAAAAAAGAAAUUUUGAGAGCGAAAUCAAAAAAGAUCCGAUUUGACGAAUUAAAUUAUGAAUCUUUAUGUGUGGGAAACGGCGUACCAAUUCAAUUGAACACAAUAUCGACACAUAAAUUAAAAGAAGUGAAAGAGUUAUACAUUUGUUGUACUUGUGGAAAAGUAUACUGGGAAGGUGUACACUAUGCAGAUACUUGCAGUAAAUUCUCACAAAUUUUAAAUAACCACAAAGAUUCUUAA